CUCAGUCUGACUCCGCCAAUCUCACCUUACUUCGACAUGGAGGAGACGACGGCAUCAGGAAGACCCACUGUGGACAGAGAGAAGACGGCACCGUUUCUCAUUCGGACUUUCGUCAAGAUCGGGACAUACCACCGCUUGGCCCAGUUCGAAGAUGGGCCGCUGCCUCUUGCUGACGAGCAGCAAAUAUACACCUGGAAAGACGCAACGCUGCGCGAAGUCCUGACGACCCUCCGCUCUUCCGCCCCCGCCUCAACCGAGUAUCGCCACCCGCUCGCCCGCUACUCCUUCCGCGCCGUCUUCGCAGACGCCGCGGCGCGCGGCCGCUACUCGCAAAAAGACCUCGGCAUGGUCUACUCCCGCGACAUCCUUGGCGAGCCCGGCUCGCUCGUCCACACCGCACCCCGCCUCCUCGAGGACGUCGAACCCGAAACGUCUAGCAGCUCCGAGUCGGACAAGACGCUCGACGAACUGCGGUUCGUACCCGGGGACUAUCUCUGCGUAAUGGUGACCCUCCCGAAGGGCGUUGUUCUGCCCUCUGGACCCGGGGGCGAGCUUUCCAUCAAGGGUAGCGCUGUUGGAGGGGCUACGAACGGAUGGAAGGGUGCCGGAGGCGGCGGACGUGGAGACAGCGGGUGGGGCGGAACCGUGGCGGCCAACCCAGGACCCGGCUCAGGACGUGGCGGUGGAGGACAUUGGCGCGGAAACUCAGGCCCCGAUCAUGGCGUCGGUCGUGGGGGUCGUGGUCGUGGUGGGGACGUCGGCAGAGACAGAGACAGAGACCGGGAGCGGGACAGAGAUAGGGACAGAGACUUCAGGGACCGGGACCGGGAUGACCGACGUGCGCCCCCACCGAGGAGGGACUCGCCGCCGCCACGGCGCGGUGACGGUGGCUGGGGCAGAAGGGCUCCCCCCUCACGGUCGCGUAGCCCGCCGCCGAGGAGACGUGGCCGGUAUGAUUGAGUUUCGCUCAGACCACGCGCUGAUGCUGUUUUCUCCCUCUGAUUUUUGCCAGUUGUGCGUUGCCGUGUCGUGGAUGUUGCUUGAAUCUAUUGCCGCCUUCCCUCGAGAUAACCAUUCCUGCCCCGAUGUUUCGUUGUUCAUUCAGGAUCGUUCUCGUUAGCAACCCUCUGUGACCAUGUACUGUGAGAUGCUCCUGUUUUCUGUAGGCACACAAGCUGCCCCUGCAUACUGAAUGAAUGUCCAUUU